UGUACUCUAAAAAGGCUUAUGUUAUACAAACGUAUCAUUAACGUUAUUGUUUAAAGCUGCCUCAUAAUGAGUCCGCUAACGUUAGGCAUUCAUCAGUUGAAUUGGGUUGGUCUAAAGCAAAUCAGCUAGCUCGCUAUUGCUAGCUCACUGGAUGGUUCUGCUUUCAAAGACACCGGUCCUCAUAUAGAAAUGAGGUGAUGACACAUGCCAAAUAAAUAAGAAAUACUUGCCCAUAAAACGAAUUGUGUCGUUAGAUCACGAGACGGCAGGGGAACUGAAUACAAUCUAUCCAAUCUGCGUUAGCGCACGUCAUUCCUCAUUUCUACAUGUAAAUCCACUCUGUAAUAUUCAGUGUAGUUAAGAUGUCUAACUAAGUUUUAACGACUUCAGUUUUGUUGGGCGUAGCUGAAGGGCUAUGCUGGCUAUCUAAGUAGAUUAAGUUACCUGGCUUGGAAUCGAUGUUUACCGAUUUGCUAGUACUAGCUAACGGUGCUAUCAAGUUGGAUGUGUUAACAUGAAGUUAGCGUUUUUGCUUUUCCAUUCACAAGAAGCUUAACCUGUGCUAAUUGUAUGUAACCAGUCGGAUAGCUGAUUAGCCAUCCAAGCAACUUUCAAGCUGUUGUCUUAGAUUUGUGAGAGCUUGCUAAAGAUUGAAAUGUCAGGUUUUGACAACUUCAACACGGAUUUUUACCAGUCCAGCUACAGCGUCGACGACCAAAAUAGCCAGGGAUAUGCCUAUGGAAACGCAGAUGACCCAUACAACAAGCAGUAUGGGCAGUAUGACUACUCCCAACCCAUGGGCUACGCCGGCCCGGGUGUGAUACCCCCUGCCCAGCAGCCCUACACUGGACAGAUCUUCCAGCCCAGCCCCGCUUACACUCCCGCCAGCCCCCAGUCCAUGUACAGCAGUAGCUUUGAAGAUGAACCACCGUUGCUGGAAGAGCUUGGGAUCAACUUUGACCACAUCUGGCAGAAGACGCUGACAGUGCUGCACCCCAUGAAGGCAGCGGAUGGAAGCAUCAUGAAUGAGACGGACCUGGCUGGGCCCAUGGUGUUUUGCCUGGCAUUUGGAGCUACGUUGUUGCUGUCAGGGAAGAUCCAGUUUGGCUACGUGUACGGGAUCAGCGCUAUCGGCUGUCUGGGCAUGUACUGCCUGCUGAACCUCAUGGCCAUGACCGGCGUGUCUUUCGGCUGCGUCUCCAGCGUCCUGGGCUACUGCCUGCUUCCCAUGAUCCUCCUCUCCAGUUUCGGUGUCCUCUUCUCUUUACAAGGCUUGUUCGGCAUAGUCAUCACGGCGCUCAUCAUCGGCUGGUGCAGCUUCUCCGCCUCCAAGAUCUUCAUCUCGGCCCUGGAGAUGGAGGGCCAGCAGCUGCUGGUGGCAUACCCCUGCGCCCUCCUCUACGGCGUCUUCGCCCUCAUCUCUGUCUUCUGAACUGUCGCCCCCUCCGUCCCCAGACCCCCCGCCCUCCCGCCCGCCCUCCAUCCCUCCCUCCUGUGGCGCUCCGGUGGCGUAGCCCACAGAAGACCGAACACGCGCAGACCUCUUGCUAUGAAGGACCAGGGUGGGACAGGGUGGAUCUCCUCUACAUCUUGGACUGAAUUGCCUCUUCCCAUCCA